UGAAUUUUUUUGAGAUCUUUUAAUUUCAAGUUAACCGCCCAACUCGACCCACUACCACCACUCUCCCAACAGAAACCCUAAACUGGUAUAAUUAACUCUGCAAAUCCAAUUCAAUCUUCUCGCCAAUUCGAUCACCGCCUCUUCGCCAAUUCGUCCCUCAGUCGCGGAGAACACCAUUAGAGCUUCUUCAAUUCACAUUCAAUUUCGCGGCUUUGUGUUGGAAUUUCCGAGAACACGGAGAAGUGCUUUUUGUUUGCGGGGAUGAACUUGUAGGACCUGUAUGAGAUCAAUUGCAUUUGAAUCUAGAACUGCUAUAUAGUAAGGGAUGACUUAUCGCAAGAGGGUUCGAGCUACUGCUGAAACAGAUGCUACUGGAUCAGCGUCAAAGUCGCUACCUUCACGUACCUCGUCUUUGAGUGAAGCUGCAUUACAACCAACCAAAAAGCAUGCUACUCAAUCACAACCAUCUCAGGUUCCUAAGUCUGUUAUAUUUGGACCAUUCUCUCCACCGGGUACGACUACAUCGAUGGUUGCACCUCCAUGUUCGAGUACUGCAAAAAGUGCGCAGCAAGCUAUAUGGAAAACACCACCUACCGGAUCAGCAUCAAAUUCACUCGAGGCAUCAACUAAAAAUAAAAUUCCACCUAAGAUUACUUCCAAGAUUUCAAUUCAACCUAAUAUCCCACCUUCAAAACCACUGAAAUACCCUUCUACUUCCUCCGGUCAGAUCCCACCUAAUAUGCCACCUCAUGUGCCGCCUUCUAGUCAUACUAAAACAUCACCAAGAGAUUCUCAAUCACAACAAAAAAGUGUUCAAGAACCAAAGGAGAACUCAACAAAAUCAAAGUCCUUACGGGAAUAUCCGGAUUGGCGCGAAAAUGUAGAUUUUGAUGACAAGGAAGAGGUUAUGACCAUUGAUGCUAAGGGUAAUAUUGGAGUGGCGAGUGGUCCUAUUCAGGCAAUCGAUGUCUGGAGUAACAACGGCGUCAAGUACUUUGUUGAAUUCAAUGACUUAUGUCAACCGCUUAGGAAAGGUGGACAGAUCCUGGUCAAAUUCAUUGGUAGCCUUGCAAAGAUGGAGCCUUACUGUCCAGUUGGAGAAAUGGAUUGGAAAGAUGUCGAUGGGGCUUUAAAAGGAAAAUUGAUAGACGAGAUAAAAGAUCGCUUUGUUAUUCCUGAUGGUUCGGUAUACGUCACGCAAAUUCUCAAGCGUGCCAAUAAAAGCUGGAAGCAAUAUAAAUACUCUCUCAAGAAAGAUUACUACAAACCAGAGGAGAAAACAGAAGAACAGGUGGUCAGAGAAGCAGUGCCGCGACAUGGAAUUAGCGGUAAAGAGUGGGUAAAGUUGGUUAGAUAUUGGUAUUCAGAUAAAGGGAAAAAAUUGUCAGAAUGUGGAAAAGAAGCACGAGCCUCCCAAACUCAAUUUCAUAGAUCUGGUUCUAAUAGCUAUGCGAACCAACAAGCUGAUUAUGAAGACGAUCAUGGAGUAAAAAUGAGCUUAUUAGCCCUUUGGAUAAAGACUCAUUCGGGCAAGGACGAGACCUUUCUUCCAAACACACUCACUGAAGAUUUUGUUGAUGAUGCAAAGGCCAUGGUUGAAUCGCUGAAGACUAUAAACCCUUCUAAGUCUCAACAAGAACUCGAAAAUGAAGCCUUUGAGGACACUAUGUAUGGUGGAAAGGAACCAGAACGUCCUGUAGGUUACGGACUUGGAGUUUGAAAGAGCGACGUUUAUGGAGUGCAUGGUGUGCUAAGGAAGAAUGGCUAUGGAAAAGUUCGUCAUAGGACCGUGGUGAUGGCAAAUGUGAAAGAAGAAGUGUCAACUAUCAACAAGAAAAAUGAAACACUGGAGAAGGAAAAUGGAAAGCUGCAAGAGCAAGUGAAAGAGAAUAAUUGGCUGCUUAAAACUCUUAUUGGACAAUUUUCUCAACUUGUAGGUCAAGUUCGUACAGGAACUGCUUCAACAAAAGCUCUUGAUUGUGCACAGCAAGUCUUGAGAAUGGCACAUCAAAGGAUGAUCAGCCAGCCUGUUCGUUUUCCUACCCUCGUGACGAAGGUGCAUUCCUAAAGAGAGAUGCUUCAGUUCCCUGCAAUCAGUUACCACAUUAGUCAAAUCAUCCCCCGUUGUCUCCUUGUUGUUAAUCAACUCAACUGCUUGGGCACAAUCUGUGAGCUUAGUAUGAUAUUCUCCCAUCCCUCCUGUUGCAUACACUUCUGCUGCCAUGGCAGAGGGUGUAAUCCUCUUUUGCUGGGCACUCAAAACCCACACACCUGUUUCAUUUGCUUGGCAUUCAAACGUAGUUUAGUUUCAAUUGAAAAUCAAUGGCCAAGUCCAUGAUAAUGCAGCUGUAUCAAGUAGGUAUAUGUUAAUUAUGCAGCUGAGUAUAAGCUGUUACCUCUGCUAUAAGCUGUAGCAAAUUAGUUUCAAACCGGCUCUCUUGAUAGUGAAUGCAGGGAACUUGGUGUAUCUUAUCUGCAAAUGCUAGUCUCCCCUUGAAUACUUGACACAAAAUAUUUGCACUACACUUACACACAACUCUUUAUAAGUAACCAAUACAAGAAAAGGUAAUUAAUGGGUGAUGUUCAAAGAGAUUUUGAUGUAUAGACAACAAAAAUUUGUAGGAAAUUCUCCUCAUGUUAUAUUUAAUUUCCUUCGUAGUUUGGGUUUCCGACUUAUUAUGUACUUAUUACAUUU